AUGGUGCUUAUUGUUACUCAUAAUAUGACUUCAGAAAAAAAUAAUCCAAAAUCAGAAAAAACUAAUUAUGAUGGUGUGGUAACUAAAAGCAUUGCCUUUGAUGGCUGUGAGGAGUGCAGUAGUUCAGAUGAAUGCCAGUCCAACUCAGAUCAAUUGUCAGUUACUUCAAAAGGAUGUAUUUGUUCUGUGGAUGACUGUCACGAGAAUGACAGCCCAUUUCAAAAUCCUGAAUAUUUUGAGACUGGAUUUAAAGAAGUAAUGUUCAUCAUAUCAUGUAUGGUAGCACAGUUGUUGAAUCAAGCAGGACAAACACAGUCCUUAUCUACAAUGAACGUUUUAGCAGACUAUUUCAAAUCGAAUAGUAGUAAACAACCUUGGUUAAUGGCCUCAUUUCCUUUGGUGUCAGGCUCAUUUAUCCUAAUUAGUGGUAGAUUAGGCGAUAUUUAUGGCCUUAAGAAAGCCCUUUCCGUCGGUUAUAUCAUUAUGACAUUGUGGUCUAUAAUAUGUGGCCUUGCAAAAUAUACUAACAGCGAUGCAUUUUUUAUAGUAUGUAGAUCGUUUCAAGGAUUGGGGAUUGCAUUUAUAUUACCGAAUAUCAUGGGUUUGGUUGGGAACAUCUACAAAGUUGGAACACUCAGAAAAAAUAUAGUAAUUAGCUGUAUUGGUUGUAUGGCACCUGCUGGAGCCGCAUUAGGUGCACUAUUUGGAGGAUUAAUAGUAACUGAAGAUGCAGAACAAUGGCCUUGGGUAUUUUAUGCUUUUGGAAUUGCUUCAUUCGUUAAUAUGUUAUUAGCACUCUAUUCGAUACCAAAUAAUGUUCCCACUAAUCUGAACAAUCUGAACAUGGAUUGGAUUGGAUCACUUCUAGGUGUUUCAGGUUUACUAUUACUCAAUAUCGUUUGGAAUCAAGCACCAAUAGUUGGUUGGGGAGAGGCAUAUAUUAUUGUGCUCCUAAUCAUAUCGAUAAUCUUGCUAUUAAUAUUUGUGGUUUACGAAAUAAAAUAUGCAACCUCACCAUUAUUGCCACCCUCAGUACUCGAAAACAAAAAGAUUUUGAUGAUUCUUGCUGCGCUUUUCUUUGGCUGGGGCUCAUUUGGUAUCUGGACAUACUAUUAUUACGCAUUUCAGUUGAAUCUCAGAAAAUAUACUCCAUUGUGGGCAGGUGGUACUCAUUUUAUGUUUGUCAUAUGGGGAACUGUAGCUGCUUUUGUUGUGGCAUUAACAAUUAAAAAAGUAGGACCUGCUGUGUUGCUUUGUUUCUCAAUGGUGGCAUUUGAUUGUGGGUCAAUCAUGCUCAGCGUAACACCCGUUCAUCAAACAUAUUGGAGAAUGAAUGUGGGUAUGCAAAUCAUAUUAAGUUUUGGCAUGGAUUUAUCUUUUCCAGCAUCCUCCAUAAUAUUAAGUGAUUUUCUACCAAUGCAGUAUCAAGGAAUGGCUGGUUCAUUAGUGAAUACUGUGGUAAACUAUUCGACUUCUUUAUGUCUUGGUAUGGGUAAUACUGUUGAACAGCAAUACAAUGCACAUGGAGCAGAUUUGUUAAAAGGCUACCGUUCUGCUCUGUAUCUUGCUAUUGGUUUAGCAUCAGCUGGUGUAUGCGUCAGCCUUGUAUUUUUAGUUACCGAUAUAAUAGCUAAGCGCCAUAGAAAGAGAAUUGAAAGUGAAUGUGAAAGCUGCUAA